AUGGAUCCCCACGAACAGCCGUGGUCAGAGCACGAGAAGGUAAACCUACUCGCCGAAGUCUUGCUAAAGGCAGGCACCAGUCCCUCGCGCGUGCUGUUUAGCGUCAUAAGAGACUCGGGCGUCCAGGUCAGGUGGAACGACCUGGUACUGCCAAAUGGCCGCUCCCUUGGCUCCUGUCACAGAGCCUUCGAUGACCUCGCCGCGCAGGCUCUACCGAGUGAAUAUAGGCACCCUGUGCCGCCGCCCACUGCUCCCAUAAUGUACCCCGGUGGUCGCGAGAUACCACAGAAGCGCCCGCACCCCGAAUCGUACACACCGAUCCAACCGCGGCCGUCGCAACCCACGUACAUGGGGAUGCCAAACCAACCUCCCUACGCGUCUACCAUACCACCCGUGGGUGAGCCCGCAAAUAAGAAGAAGCGCGGUCGACCGCCAAAAGCAGUGACGGAGAUGAGGAGACAGGAGGCGCUGUCCAAGGGAGAACCCUAUCCCCCACCGCGGAAAUCGAGACCUUCCAUAACGGCCAGAGACCCGUCCCAGGCUUCACCGGGGGGCCCACUAUCAUACGCGCAGACGCCACCAAGCGCUUCGCUACCCGCGCCUACUGGAGCAACUACACCACAGGGUACACAGCCGCCCGAGCCUAGCACAGAGUCCUCCUCGGGGAAGAAGAAACAAAAGCCCGCACCACUUGAACUGGGAUCACCACCUGAACUAUAUAGACCGGCCACUGACACGCAGAGUGCGGUGUUUUCCAACUUCACGCCCAACUCUGCUCCCUUCUCCUCGUCACCCAAGAAAAGCAGUGAACCACACAUUCCCCAUCUACACUACGGAUCUCAAGGUCCUUCGCCUCGCCAAAGUCUAGGAUCCGAGUCUCGAGACGUAAGGAUGGAAGGAGUGGAAGAGACACAACCCCGAACAACAACACCGCAUUCGUUCAAAGACACGGUCGGCAUCUGA